CUGGGUUGCUGGGCCCUGCUGAACCGGGGCGUAAGAGAGACGGUGUCGACAUGGACCACACAAGAGGUCAUCCUUCGUAUAGUCAAGUCCCUUGAUGGCAUUUAGGCGGGGCAUGGAACACAGGAAUCAGAUGGGCGAAGAACAUGGCCAUCGCCAUCGCGACUUUGUUGUUCAUCCUCGUGCAUACACUACAACCUUUGCAACUACGAAGCAGGGAUAGCUGGUAUAACAUCCAGCAGCGGUAUCGGCGCAAACUAAUACCAGACACAGCCCUAUCAUCCUCAUCCUUCGAUCCCCAUUCUGCCUGCAGGCUGAAAAGUCCUUCGCCAAUUCCCCAGCUACGAAUUGAGAGAAAAAUAAAUCAUAAGGACAGGACACCAAGAAGUGCGACUCGCACCAUCUUCUGUGAAGCAGAGAGACACAGUUUAUCUACAUAGCCAAUUCCCUAGCAAAAGCAAAGGAUCAGGACGCCGAGGCGACAUCUCCUUAGUUGUGCAUUGCGAAUUGCCUCCCCAGACUAGGAGGUCCGAAGAAGGAGAGAUCA